AUGGAUGCAAGGCAGAAAAAAGGUUUCUCUCCCAUUCAAAAAUGCAUGACCGCAAUUACUCAGCUAGCAUACGGCGUGGGCGCAGACAAAUGGUACGAGUAUUUUAGAAUGUCAGACCAUACCGUGAGGGAGUGUGUGUACAAGUUCUGCAAAGCGAUAUGUUUGGUUUAUGGGCAACGAUAUUUGUGCAAACCAACUAUCAACGAUAUCCACCAAUUAUACACGGUGCAUGAAGGCAAGCAUGGAUUCCCUGGAAUGCUAGGUAGUAUUGAUUGCAUGCAUUGGAGUUGGUCAUUAUGCCCUAACGCAUGGCGUGCUCAGUACAUGAGAGGCAACCACAAAGAGCCGACGAUCAUUCUAGAGGCUAUCGCAUCACAUGAUCUUUGGAUAUGGCAUGCAUUCUUUGGUCUAGCUGGUGCAAACAAUGACAUCAAUGUGCUAGACCAGUCGCCGGUAUUCAACAAUAUCUACCUUGGAAAGUCGCACGAUGUACCUUUUCAAGCAACUGGGGUAGCAUAUAAGCGUGGAUACUAUCUUACUGACGGUAUAUAUCCUCCCUUGUCUGUUUUUGUGAAAUCGUUUACAUGUCCUAAUGACCGGAAAAGAAAAAAGUUUAAAGAGGCGCAAGAGUCAGCUAGGAAGGAUGUGGAGCGAACAUUUGGUGUACGUAAGAGACGUGGCAAGUAUUAA